CAGGCGCCGGGGGCAGGCUUGAGGACCCGAGGAAGGUGCGGAACACGCGGGCCUGACGAAGGAGGCGGGGCCAAGCGCUGGGCUGGGGCCGACUUAGAGCCUGGGGGCAUCCUGAGUACCUGGAGAAGAGCCUCCGGGUUUGCCGGCGCAAUCUAGCUCGAGCCGGAGCUGCAACUUCUGUUUGUAAGGCUGGAAGGCAACUCUGUGGCAGCCGGGAAUCCGGGCCGUCUCCCACGAAGUGCGGGGCCUGGCUGGAGCCAGUGUUCCAGCAUUCAUCUUGGGCUGGGGGUGGGGCGGGCGGUUCCAAUGACUCAGAAGGCAGAAAGGAGUCUGGAGGUUCCACGGGUGACAUCACAAUCGCACACAGAUGUGGGCGGGGCCAGGGCGGCAUUUCCAAGGAGACAAGUGCACUCUGCCCCUGCCUUGCGCCCUCCUAUUCCCUCCCUCCCUUUCUUCGUUUCUCCCUCUUUCCCUCCUUCCCUCCCCACCCCCAUUCAGUUACUCUGGUGUCCAACCUGGAACCCUAUCGUCUGUGCUCUGAGGGCGGGGGGAGCUCUUCAGCCCGCAGGACUGGGAGGAUUCUGAACAAAUGAGCAUCACCUAUAUAAAGAGGUUACCCAGCUGGCAAAGAGGACAUCUGUGUGUGGCGUCUAGCACUGAUGCAUCAUCUACUGUCUCCUCUGAAGGUGAAUUCAAGGACAGUGACAGGUGCUGUUGGAAACACAAGCAGUGCACUGGGCACAUCAUCUGCCCCUUCACCUCUGACUGUGGCCACCACAACCUGCAUCUGCACUCUGUUAGCCACUGCGACUGUGAUUCUAGGGUGAAGGAGUGCUUAGAGACGACAAAUAGCAGCGGCUCCCGAGAUGUAGGCCCAACCUGCUCCCGAGAUGUGGGCUCAGCCUGUUUCAACAUCAUCCAGACCCCUUGCUUUGAGCUCAUCCCAGAGGAAGAGUGUGUGGAACGGUUCUGGUAUGGCUGGUGCAAAAGCUACAGGCCUCUUUCUGUGGCAGUGAUCCACCAUCCCAUCCACCAUAAGUGUGGGGCAGAUGAAGAAGAGGAAGAGGAGGAGGAAGCAAGCAAGCCUCCCAUCCCAACCCAGGUGGGGCCCACCCCCCCAGGCGACGCAGGCAUAGGCACGGGCGCAGUCAUGGCCACCCCUGACUCAGCGGCUCCCAUCACCAUCUGGCGCUCUGACAGCCCCACAGGGAAGUCCCAGGGCAGCAAGGUUCUUAAGAAGGUCAAGAAGAAAAAGGAAAAAGAGAAAGACAAAGAGGAGGACAUGGACGAGAAGGCAAAGCUGAAGAAAAAAGUCAAGAAGGGCAAGCUGACUAAGAAGAAAAGCCAAGUUAAAUCAGAUUCUUCACCUCCGGACUUGAGCAGAUCAGUAAGCCCCAGGGAGUUGGCCAGGACGUCAGAGUCCAGUCCAGACAGCCGGGAGGACCUGGAGAGUGAGGACAGUUACAAUGACCCCAGGCCAGGAGAACUCUCCAGUGAGGAUGUCGUGGAGUCCUCAUCGCCCAGGAAGAGAGAGAAGAACACAGGCCUGGCCAAGAAGCCUGGGCCGAAGGCCUCUCCCGUCAAGGUCAACAGGAAGAAAUCGCCCCCAGCAUCAAACCCCAACCUCAGUUGAGGCCAGGGCGACGACGGGUGAAGAAUAAACGCCAUCAAGCCAGGAGCUGACCCCCUGCUUCUGUUCUCUCCCCUCCAACUGGGCUACUUCUGCGGGGCGGGGGUGGGCUCUGGGCAUGGCAGGAGCAAAGGGGCUGGGGGGCUGCAGGGCUGUCUGAAGGGUAAUCAGUCUUUCAAGAGGAAGUCCGUGAGAAGGUAGGUGGGAGGGCGGGGAGGAGCACAACCAGUUUCUCUUGAACAUUCUAGGCCCAGGACAGAAGAGCACAUGUGGGAAGGGUGGGUAGGCGGCUUCCCAUCUGCUGGGAGACUGAUCUGUGUGAAAUCCACUCAGGGACAGUGGGCCUGUCUGCAGUGACACUCCUAAUAAACGGAACC